AUGAUGCUCGCAUUGUUUGCCCUGCUUCCAGGGUGCUUGGCAUCGCCCAGCGAGUACUGGGCCUUGGCUUCUCCGGCCGUGCGGAAGGCACGGGCUCUGCAAGGCCUCGAAGCCGGCAAGGCCUUGGGAGGGCGAAGGCUCAGCACCCCCGAGAACAAUGACAACGAGACUGGAAGCUUGGUACCUGUGUGGUGUGGACAGGAGAAGUACAAUGGAGCUGCGGGGCAGAUGUGGUACGCCAACCCCUUCACCACGGCCUGCAGCCGAGCCUCCAUGGACCUCGUUUAUGUCGAUGGGGACCGAGCUGGGGACCGAGCGCGCAUGGCCAAGAAGGGCGAUUUCAUCAAGAUGACCUGCGACAAUUGGGAGUGCCCCAUCCCACCGGUCGUGGAUUGUUACUUGGACCGCAGUGCUUGCAGAGCAGAUGAGUGGUGCAUGGUCAUCACACAUGAGAAAUGGGGUGCCUGGGCCAUGGGCAAGAACGGGCACACUCCCAACUUCGAGCUUUGCGGCGAUAAGUACUAUGCGGAAAUCGAAGAGAUUGCAUCCAAAGGCAAUGUCCGCAACGUGACGGUGGAAGCCUUGAAGUUGAGCCGGGACAGGAUUUGUGGCAGCUCGAUGGUGGGUGUGGCCAACGGCAUCCAGCUUGAGGGCUACUCUGAGACGCAGCUCUGGAAGCCCUCUCACGGUCGCUGUGUGAAGUAUCGCCAGGAAGGUCAGAGCUGCAUCCCCACCCUGGCCACGCAUGGACGCUUUGCCAACGCCUUCGUGCGGCGAGCCCAGACCGGGGCAUCGUACCCCAACGGGGGCACCAUGGAACGGCCGCUUGCCUGUGCGCCUGGUCUUGUUUGCACGGGACCGGACUUUGAUGUGUUGCCCUCCACCUGCGUCAAAGAACGGCCCCGAGACGUGUGCUAUGCUGGACCCUGGUGGGACAGCUCCCGUUGCCCACGCACCUCCAUGCAAAGAUCGGGCAUGAGCACGGAGUGGGCGCUGGAGUCCCUACAGACCGCCUUCCUGGUUUUCCCAGGUGAAGUAGCCUCCGCGAUGCAUUGCAAGUACUGGACGGGUCCUAUGGCCCCCUUCACUGCGGAAGUCAGGAAGGUUACACACAACAUCUUCAAGGCUCUAUGGCCUUCGCAUUUGGUUGGCGAGUGCCCGACGCUGGAGGACCUCUAUGCCAGCAUGUGGCGCCAGACCGGUGUCGACUUGACAGCCUUGAGUCCGGAGGAGUGCGAAGCCGGCGAGGCCAAGGAGGGCAAAAUUGCAGAGGCCCUGGCUCUCGUGGGGUCCUGGACUCACCGGCCGAACCUCUUGUGGAGCCUCAUCCACUUUUCGAUGCACAAUCAGCCCUCCCCGAUGUCCAGCAAUGCCGUGGCAGCCUCGACGGCCUUGGCAAGCCACCUGUCGGAAAAUUUUUGGUGCAACGACUGCCGUGGCUUCUUCACUGUUGGCGUUCUCUCGGUCGUCGGCCUGCCACCUCAGAAUCCGGAUGGAGAAGAGCAUGCGAAGUACUGGAACCUCGGCCACAACAUCGCUUCCGAGCACGUCGCGACCACUCGCGGUGGCCACCCCUGGAUCAACACGCUGGAGGAAGCGCAGGAAGCCGACGUCGGGAACCCCUUUUUCGUUCCCUACGAGACUUCCGUGAAGAUGUGGCGUGCGGAGGCUUGA